UCUGAAAUGUCUCGCUGUGGCCAUUUUACACUUGCUUGCCUGAAAAUAAAACACACCAUUUACCUGGGCUUCAGCGUGAUCUUUACAGAACAAUUGUAGGUUACAUGAGUUACCGAAGAACGACUCACUAGGGGCAGAGUAAGUGGAUCAGCAUGGACUAUGAGAGGAGGGGUGGGCGAGGUGAUCGCCUGGGUCGCUAUGGUGGCACUCACAAUGAUCACAAUUUCCGGGACAUGGACUAUCGUGGCUAUGGCCAAGAGGAUGAGGAGGCAGGCACGGGCUUUGAUGUCAGAGUGGAGGGUGAUAGACAGUAUGGCAGCGAUGAGCAGUCACUGGGUAUCCAUGACUUCUCACCAGGUUGUCUGCAGGAGCAUCCGGGGUUUCAUCAGAGAGUAGAUGGUAGAGGAGAAGCAGGGCGUGAGGGGAAAGGGCUACUGUGGUCCCCUCACACCUCACAACCUGAUCUAGCCCAUCCUAUACUCCAGCGAGAGGAGGAGGGCUCCAGGCAGGAAUUUGAGCAGUUACGGCCUGGCCUUCAGGAAAGGGGACGGGGGAAAGGUGGAACAGGCUUCCCGGAGAACAGUGGCCCACAUUCAGGAAGCAGGGAAAGCAGCUGGGGUCGUGGUGCUUCCCAUUCCGAGCAGAUGGAAUUCGGUACAGGCAGACAGCGAGAGGAUGACAGGUUUUCUCGUCCCGGAGCAGGAAAGAGAAGGACAUUUCCAAUGAGAAUGGAGGAGCAUGCUGGCCCAGACCUGUCCCACAAAGAGUUGGAUCAGAGAGACCAGGAUUACCGUGCCGAGCUCGACCAUAAUCAGCGGCCCAGCAACAUCAUAAUGCUUCGUAUGUUGCCACCCAGUGCCACUGCCAACGAGAUUCGUGCACAACUUCAAGAGCAGGGGAUCCAGCCGAGAGAGGUUCGCCUGAUGAGGAAUAAAUCUUCAGGUCAGAGCCGAGGAUUCGCCUUCGUCGAGUUUAAUGUCAUACAGGAGGCCACCCGCUGGAUGGAGACCAACCAGGUCACUCUCUCCUACACAGACACAAAUUAUACCUCAUCCACUCUCUCAACAGCUUUGAUACUGAGGAACCUCGGCCCACAUACAUCAGUAGAAGCCAUUUUGUCUGCUUUGGCUCCGUUUGCUACCCUCUCCCCUUCCAACGUUCGCCUAAUCAAGGACAAACACACACACCUCAACAGGGGCUUCGCCUUUCUACAACUAUCUACCAUAGUGGAGGCAUCUCAGUUGCUCCAGAUCUUGCAGGCUCUCCAGCCCCCUCUAUCUAUUGAUGGGAAGGUCAUUGUAGUUGAAUUUGCCAAAGGCUCCAAACGGGAUGUAUUUGUAACGGAUGGUAGCAGAGUGAGUGCUGCUACAGUGGCCAGCACAGCUAUAGCUGCUGCACAGUGGGCUGUCACUCAGACCUCUCAAAAUGGACCAGGUGGAGGCCAGAGUGUUGAUACGGGUGUGUAUCAGCAGGGGGCAGCAGUGACAUACAGUCAGGAGGGGCUCGAGUAUGCAGGGCAAGAUGGCACAACCUUCAAGCCCCAAGCAGAUAACAGGGUUACUGCUUUGACAGGUGGAGUAGCUUCCCUGAAUGGAGCCUACGCAGGAGGAGCAGCCCCAGCUGUCAUUUCAUCUGAGGCAGCCAAACCUGCAUCAGUGGUUGUGCAGCAGCCGCUCAUUCAUACACAGACUCCUCUGAUCACCACAGCUGCCACCACACCGGGGACACAGGUUGAAAUAGUGGGAAAACCACAACCAGCUGCACCCAGCCAGCCUGCAAUCCCAGGCACUGAACAUGAGCUCCAGCAGUAUCCUGUGCCAGAUGUCUCCACAUACCACUAUGACGAAAGCUCUGGCUACUAUUAUGACCCAUUCACAGGUCUCUACUAUGACCCUAAUUCACAGUACUACUACAACUCUCACACUCAGCAGUACAUGUACUGGGAUGGAGAGAAACAUACCUACAUUCCUGCUGCCAGUCAGUCAAACACAGAAGGAGCUCCUCCAAGUGAUGGUGCAGCUCCUUCAGAGUCACUGUUUGCUACCUCGGGCAGCAAGGAGAAAAAAGACAAACCCAAGAAUAAAACAGCUCAACAGAUUGCCAAAGACAUGGAGCGUUGGGCUAAAAGUCUCAACAGACAAAAGGAGAACAUGCGUUCUGUGUCUUCAUCUCCUGCCACCGGCUCAACAGCACCUCCUGGUUAUACUCGGGCACCUGGACACAGUCGCCUAGAUGAUCAUAGAGAGUCUGCGAGUGCUGAUGCAGGCUAUGCUGUUCUGGAGAAAAAGGGGGCUCUGUCUGAACGGCCUCAGAUUUAUUUGGAUCAGAUCCGCCAAAGUGCAGAAUCGCCUCCUCGGCAGCAGGGUCUGGUCCCAGCCUACAGUGGAGAAACUGACAGUGAAGAAGAAGGAGGCGAGAAGGAUGAAAAGGAAGGAAGAUUGACAGACUGGGUUAAACUGGCCUGUCUGCUGUGUAGGAGGCAGUUCCCAAGCAAGGAGGCCCUCAUCAGGCACCAGCAGCUUUCUGAACUACAUAAGCAAAACCUGGAGCAGAGAAGAGCCCAGCAGGAAGCUGCAAGCAAAGAGAGACUAGCAGGUGGACUUGACGGCCCUGAACUUAAGAAGAGGAAGUUUAACCCCAUUGAUGGGGUCACAGACACUAGUCUCGGUGCAAGAAUGCUACAGGGAGGCGUGAAAAGAGGACUGCUGUUGCGCAAUAUGCAAGUGGAGUGACCAUUAAUCUUCCUGACCCACAAAAGACAAAGACGAAGCCCAGCACGCAACACUUCACCAUUAACAUCAUAUAGAUAAAUAUAUUUAAAAAAUUUUGAUUUGACAUUAGUUACCUCAACAAUGGCAGUGCUCAGUGGUAAUGAUCUUAUGAACUGAUCCUGUAGCAGUAGAUGUCAGGAUAUUGCACAGAUUGCACCUUUUUGCUUGCUUCCUGAAUGAUGCAGUUUUGAGUUCUCACUUGCUUCAGAGCCUGUGUGUGAUAAACAAGUUUUGUGGACGGGAAAACAUUUGCUGUCUUUAUGUCAGCAAAUUGGGAUUUUUAAUAUUACUGUCUAUGCACCAUAGAUUUUUUUUUAAUUAAUGCUAUAUGCCUUGUCAUUCAGUGAAUGACUAAUCUGGGCUUGAACUGUGUACAUUUUAAAAAGAGCAUUUUUAUACAACAGUGAAAGCUAACAGACUCGUGGCCUCAUGAAUUGGACAGGAUCAUGCUAACACUAGUGUAUAGGGUUAAAGUGUCUCAGUUUGUCAUAUAGCAGGUAUGGAUUCACAUUCGCUAACUUUUCAGAGAAGUAUUUUUUAUUUCUAUAUUUGUUCAGUAAUGUGACCGUGUUUCAUCAAGCUCAUGUAAAUGAAUUCAAAAUAAUACAUUUUCACCAAUAUUGA